CUUGGUUCUAAGUUCAAGUAGUAAACAUGCAGCUUCACGCUCGUUCGUGUGCCCCCGCCUCCGGCCGGAUGGCCGGCAAGCCGCAGCGUCCAGUUGUGCAGCGCAGUCGUAUCGCAGGCGUGCGGGUCCGCGCCGAGGCUGCCAGUGCUCCAUCGGCACCAGCGAUCUCAGACACGGAGGCGGCUGCUGAGCUUGCACGCCUCCAGAAGGGCAAUGCGUUUGAGGAGCUCAAGGCCCUCAGCACGUCGCCGCGCCAAUCCGUCAAUCGCCCCCAGAAGAACGACGACUUGGCUUUCCGCCAAGCCCCAACCAUUGCGGAUUGCUUCCCGGCUAGCGAGAAGCUCUACAAGAGCGUGAAGUACGAUGAUGAAACCACGCUGCAGGUGCCCUUCCGCCGCAUCCACCUCAGCAACGGUACCGACUUUGACGUGUACGACACCAGCGGUCCCCAGGCCGCUGACCCGCGGCAGGGACUGCCCAAGCUGCGUCAGCCCUGGGUGUCUCGUCGUGAGGCCACCGGCGUGACCGCGCGCGCGGGUGUGACCCAGAUGGCGCUCGCUCGUGCGGGUAUUGUGAGUGAGGAGAUGGCGUUUGCGGCGGCGAGGGAGGGACUGGACCCGGAGUUCGUGCGGUCCGAGGUUGCCCGCGGUCGCGCCAUCAUCCCCGCCAACAAGCGCCACGUGGAGCUGGAGCCGUGUGUCGUGGGCCGCAACUUCCUGACCAAGGUGAACUCCAACUUCGGAAACUCGGCCAUCACCAGCUCCAUCGAGGAGGAGGUGGAGAAGCUGCAGUGGAGCAUCAUCUGGGGCGCCGACACGGUGAUGGACCUGUCCACGGGGCACAACAUCUUCGAGACGCGCGAGUGGGUGAUGCGCAACAGCCCCGUGCCGGUGGGCACCGUGCCUGUGUAUGAGGCGCUGGAGAGGGCAGGUGGCCGGGUUGAGGACAUCACUUGGGAGCUGUUCCGGCAGGUGCUGCUGGACCAGGCGGAGCAGGGUGUGGACUACUGGACCAUCCACGCUGGCGUGCUGCUGCGACACGUGCCCCUCACCGCCAGCCGGGUGACGGGGAUCGUGUCACGAGGCGGAUCCAUUCACGCCAAGCUGUGUCUCAUGGAGCACAAGGAGAACUUUGCGUACGAGCACUGGGACGAGAUCCUGGACAUUUGUGCCGCGUACGACAUCACGCUGUCCAUCGGGGAUGGGCUGCGGCCGGGGUGCAUUGCGGACGCCAACGACGCAGCCCAGUUCGCGGAGCUGAAGACCCAGGGCGAGCUCACGCGCCGGGCCUGGCAGAAGAACGUGCAGGUCAUGAACGAGGGCCCGGGCCAUGUGCCGCUGCACAAGAUCCCGGAGAACAUGCAGAAGCAGCUGGAGUGGUGCGAUGAGGCGCCCUUCUACACGCUGGGUCCGCUGGCCACCGACAUCGCCCCCGGGUAUGAUCACAUCACGUCGGCCAUCGGAGCGGCAACCAUUGGCGCGCUGGGCACUGCGCUGCUGUGCUACGUGACCCCCAAGGAGCACCUGGGGCUGCCCAACCGGGAUGACGUCAAGGCGGGUGUGAUCGCCUACAAGAUCGCGGCCCACGCUGCCGAUCUGGCCAAGGGACACCCCGCGGCGGCCGCAUGGGAUAACGAGCUGUCCAAGGCACGAUUCGAAUUCCGCUGGCACGACCAGUUCGCGCUAGCCCUAGACCCCGUCACCGCGCGCGCCUACCACGACGCCACGCUGCCUCAGGAGCCCGCCAAGACGGCGCACUUCUGCUCCAUGUGUGGCCCCAAGUUCUGCUCCAUGAACAUUACGCAGGAGCUGCGCACGCUGGCCCAGUCCGAGGCCGCUGCCUCCGCCGCCGCUGCCGACACCACCGCCGCCGCUGCUAGCGCCGAGGAGGGCAUGAAGACCAUGAGCGAGGAGUUCAAGCGCCGCGGGGCUGAGCUGUACCACUAGAAGGGGGGUGAAGGAGGAGGAGGGCUGGGGGAGAGAACGGAGGUGAUUGGGAGCAGAGGAACGAGG